CUCUUUCCAUUGGUGCAAAUGACUUGAAAUGAAUGUUUUUCUUGUUUGUUAGCAUCAUCUCCCCCUGUUGUCCGUCAACGUAAAAUGCAGUGUUCUGGAACAUGAGAAAGGCAAAACAUUUCCUCCAGUUCUUUGUAAGCUGAUAUGAAGUAGACAGACACCUUCUGAAGUUUUGUGCAUGCUGUGCUCUUUUUUCUUUGCUGCAACAAGAAAAGCCUUUUCUUUUUAACCUGGCUUCCUUUGAAGAAGUAGCUCAGAAGCUUCAUGGCCUCUCAAGAAUAUCAGCCACAAGCCAACAGAUUAUUUAAGGAUUACUCCCUUGGUUCUUCUGACCUUCAUGAACAGAAUAAGUCUAUUGAACCGACAAGUCUCUGGAAGCAAACAUCACAUGCUCAUAACUUGCCACCAGGUCUGGAGUACCUGAACAAGCUGGACCGGAUAAUUAUUCAUCAGCAAGUGGACCUUCUUGAAGGCAUACUUGGCACAGAGACCUCCAGCAAAUACGAGAUAAAAAACCAUUUGGGACAAAGAGUUUACUUUGCAGUAGAAGAAAACGAUUGCUUUGAUCGUAACCUGUGUUCACCUCUAAGGGCUUUCACCAUAAGGAUUGCUGAUAACACUGGUCGAGAAGUAAUUACAGUGAGCAGACCCUUGAGAUGCAACAGCUGCUGGUUCCCUUGCUUCUUGCAAGAGUUAGAAGUCCAGUCCCCACCGGGCACAAUAGCUGGGUACGUUGUGCAGAACUGGGACCCUUUCCUGCCAAAAUUUACUAUACAGAAUGAAAGCAAAGAAGAUGUGCUAAAAAUAAUUGGCCCAUGUGCAACUUGUGGCUGUUUUGAAGACGUUGACUUUGAGGUAAAAGCUCUCAAUGAGAUGUCAACAAUUGGCAAAAUUUCCAAGUACUGGUCUGGAUUUGUAAACAAUGUCUUUACCAACACUGCCAACUUUGGAAUCCAGGUCCCUGUAGAUCUUGAUGUGAGAAUCAAAGCAGUAAUGAUUGGUGCUUGCUUUCUCAUUGACUUAAUGUUCUUUGAACACUCUUUGGAUGCAUUAUAGCAAGACCACAGGAACAAUAUAAUAUGCAGAAUACAUUUCAAAAUCCCUUGAGCUUUGGACACGAUUUUGAACUGCACAAAUCCUUGUUCCUUGUAGGAAAAGACAGGGGGCUAAUGAUGCUAUUUAUUAAAAUAUAUCUCAUGUAAAUAAUAAUUUCCCACUUAGAUUUUAUUUGUGCUGUGGCUAAACACAUACUUCUCACACAGAGCACUGUUGCUUUGGAACAGUGUUAUUCUCUUCGUUCUCUUUUGAUGUUCUUGCAUGGGAAAUCAUGAAAGAUUAGAUGAAGCCUUGCAGCAUCACUGAUGAAAGUCUAUCUUUAGAGAAGCCUUUGAUGUUUUGCAAGUGCUGGUACUAGUUACUAACCACAGGAGAGGGUGUUCUGGGGGUUUUGCAUUUUCAUAAUUUUAGAAGUAAUUUCCCCAUUUGUUAUUUAAUUAACAGUAACAAACUGAGAUCGAAAAUAACAAAUAUAAAGACAUCAUCCAAUGGGAAAUUCAAGAUGCUAUCUGUGUCAGUGAGCUGAAAGAAGGGAAGUUAUGUUUACUAAUAAAUUAAUAUUAAGGCAAAGAUUUGCAUAAUGAGUGGCAGCCAGAAAUUAGGCUUCCAG